AUGACGGGCAAGCCGGUUUACAAACCUGAUGAGAUUCGCUUUGCUCUGGACCUCAUGGUUCAGGAUCUCUUCAACGAAGAGAUCUCACUGGCUUUUCAGGAACGAUUCAACCGUGAGUUGACGGAUAACCAGAUUCGAUAUUUGCGAAAUAAGUAUGGGAAGGAUCCUGACUAUGGAUCUCCCCUGGUUAACAGGCCCGCCAACAAGAAACUGAAGCGAAGAAGAGCAGCUCUUGCGGUAGCUUCUUCUGCCUCGCCUCCCUCUGAAGACUCACCACGAUCUUUCAAGCGAACACGCCGAGAACGGUCAGAAACAUUGGCCGGGCCUUUGUACAAUCCCCCGAAGCAACUAGAAGCCUACUCGCAGAGUCCACCUCCUAAGUCUGAAGAUAAGACAUUCAAGCCUGGAGACAAAGCUUUAAAAUCCGAAGAUACAAAGUCUCCCUCACUUUCUUCUGCUCCUCCAUUCCAAGCAACACCACCGACACAAACUCAACUCUCCGAUCUCCGUUCACCAACUGUAGACUCCUAUUCACCCACCUCAGCGCCACCUGGAUUCUCUGCCAACUUAUGGCAGACACAGUUAAGGGCAACUUCCAACACAAACUUCACUCCUAUCAACACCCAGUUUCACCAACACGACACCAAAGCUCAAGGCAAAGGAAGCCCCGAUGGCAAGCCUACCGUGCCAAACCAGACAACCCUACAUAACUCUUACACCCAUCCUUCCUACGAUGCCUCUUCAAACCAGAAGCCAUCAUACUACCCACAAGUACACAGCAACAUGUCUGUACCUGCUCACCAGCAAAGCGUAGGCGUUCAGAGCGGAUUAUAG